GUCAUUCUUGGACCUGCAGUACGAACAAUGCACCGUCGGCUCCAUCGCGCAGCAUCCAAGAGGGCAGACUACAUCAUCGUGGGCGGGGGAUCCGCAGGAUGCGUCUUGGCAAACCGCCUAUCCAAGUCCAACAGCGUUCUGCUCGUAGAAGCCGGGCCAAGCGACCGAGGGAAAUGGGAUUCCUGGAAGAUGAAGAUGCCUGCCGCACUCACGUUCAACCUUGCCGAUGACAAAUACAACUGGGCGUACAAAACCGUGCCCCAAGUCCAUUUGGAUAACCGGCGAUUGGACUGGCCUCGAGGAAGGGUCCUCGGCGGCUCCUCGUCGUUGAACGCGAUGGUGUACAUCCGAGGCCACGCGCAGGACUACGACGACUGGGAGGCGGCAGGCGCCAAGGGAUGGAGCUACGCCGACGUGCUUCCAUACUUCAAACGAGCGCAAUCGCAUGCCUUGGGCGGCGACACGUACCGCGGCGGCGACGGUCCUCUCCACGUGUCCCGUGGGUCUCAACGCGACCAAGUGCUGUUCCAAGCGUUCAUCGACGCCGGCGUGCAAGCCGGGUACCCGUUCACAGACGACAUGAAUGGGUUUCAGCAGGAAGGCUUUGGGUUCAUGGACAGCACGAUCCACAACGGCGUUCGGUGGAGCUCGUCCGCAGCGUACCUCCACCCCGUGCUCCACGAGCGGAAAGAUCGGCUCAGCGUUGUGACCGAUCACUUGGUGCAUCGGGUGGUGGUCGACGACGCUGGCACCGCGCAAGGCAUCGACGUACAGCCCAACCGACACAGUAAAUCCCACGACGUCGAGUUUUACCAGGCCGACAAAGAGGUCAUUGUGUGCGGGGGAGCUAUCAAUUCCCCCCAGCUGCUGCUGCUUUCUGGCAUUGGUCCCGCCGACGCGCUCAAGGCGGUCGAUGUGCCAGUCGUGCAGGACCUGCCCGCCGUGGGCCAGAAUUUGGAAGAUCAUCUGGACUUGUACGUUCAAUUUGGAGUAACGAAACCCAUCACGUUGCACAAUGCGACCUGGAUAUAUCCCCACAAGAUGGCCGCGAUUGGGCUCGAGUGGAUGGUACGGCAAACGGGGAUGGGCGCGUCGGCGCAUUUGGAAUCGGGGGGAUUUAUCCGAAGUCGCCCGGGGCUGCGGCACCCCGACCUGCAAUUCCACUUCCUCCCUGGGGCCCUCACAGGCCAACUCACCCCCGGCAGUCAACAUGCAAUGCAAACCCAUAUUAGCCCCCUGCGCGCCACGAGCCGCGGGUCCCUCGCUUUAACGACAUGCAACCCCCGCGAUCCCCCUCGAUUAGACCCAAACUACCUUAGUACAACGCAAGACGUGGACGAUAUUCGACAAGGCGUGCUAUUGGCCCAGGAAUUAUUUCAGCAAAAGGCGAUGGAUCCAUUCCGAGGCCAUCCCAUCUCCCCCGCCACGUUGUUUGCCGCCCACGAAGCUUCGGCCAUCGACGCUUGGGUGCGCCAACACACGGAAAGCGCGUACCAUCCGAGCUGCACGAACCGCAUGGGCCACGACACGAGGUCGAGUGUCGUGAACUCCAAGUGCCAAGUGCACGGCGUGGACCGCCUGCGCGUCGUGGAUGCAUCCAUCAUGCCCAACAUCAUCAGCGGCAACCUGAACGCGCCGGUGAUUAUGAUGGCCGAAAAGGCCGCCGAUAUCAUCCUGGACAACGCGCCGCUUCCAUCGGCCAAACAUGUGCCAGUGUAUGUGGCGCCAAAAUGGGAAUCGAGCCAACGGUGAUAUGAUGAUCAUCUGUAUCGGAACAUAGAAGUAUGAGCAUUGGACAUGUGUUAACUAUGACUAGUAUCUCUGGUACUGUCUUGUAGUACGGAAAGUAACGUUUGCAAAUAGUGAAUGUCAAAACUGGA